GAAAUAAAGAUAAUAUCUGAUCAGUAGACUUGUGGGCUAAUCAUGGAGGAGGACCACCACCUCCGGAUUCAUGCCGCCGCCGCCGCCGCCACCGUGAGAGAUGAUAGUGCAUGGAAUAAGGUCCUCAGUUUUCCUUCUGUGAAGUUGCCAGCUUUAGCCCAAGUCAAAUUCCUUUGUGAUGUCUGACACGGGCAUCACCUCAUUCCUGAUAUCACCAUUUUUCUCUCUUUCCGCUGUAUUAGAGAUCUCUGAUCAUAUUUCAGCUCCAGUCCCUCACGAAAGAGAAAGGAAUAAAAAGAAGCAAAAGAGUGCUAUAAAAGAGAGAAACAUGGACGAAGAUUUCAAGAACAGAGGGCGUCCGCAGCUGCUUCCAUAUGAGCAAGACUUGGAACUGAGGCUUGGGCUUCCCAGAGGAGAAGACGAGCCUCGAGCCAUUUCAACUUUCAAAGGUCCGAAGCUGAAGCAGCAAGUUGGAUUCCUUCAACUGCAGAGCAUGGAGGUGAAAGAUGAAGCGCAUAUGGUUCCUUGACAAGGACCACCACUGUAUUACUUGUUGGCUGGCCCCCUCUGAGUUCCUUCAGAAAGAACCUGGCUAGGAGCAGCUCACAUAGGCCGCCCAUCGAGUCUGAAAACGAAGAUGUCGCUGCGCCGAAAGUUGAGGAACCGGGCAACAGCAAGAAGAAUUUGCUUGUUAAGAUCAACAUGGACGGCGUCCCGAUUGGAAGGAAAGUAGACUUGAAUGUCCAUGAUAGCUAUGAGAAGCUCUCUUUGGCUGUGGAAGAGCUAUUUGCAGGGCUGCUUGCAGGUGAUCCCCGCAGUGAAGGCAAAGCAGCAAAACAAAUGUUUAGGGGCUUGUUAGAUGGUACUGGUGAAUACACUUUGGUUUAUGAAGACAACGAAGGUGACAGAAUGAUUGUUGGUGAUGCUCCUUGGACCAUGUUUUCUUCAGCAAUUAAGAGGUUGAGGGUCAUGAAGACUUCUGAUAUUUCUGCACUGAAGUUUACUUUAAGUCCAUUUGGCGACAUUACCAUCAGAUGAGCAAUAUGCAGAAGUAGAGAAGAGAGUGUUGAGCUUGAUAUUGUUAAAUGAUGUUAGCCAUCUUACAAUGUACUUAGGUGUAAACGA